GAGGCCACGAGGCGAGAUUGAUCGCCGCGUCGCGAUCCCCAAAUCGGCGCUAGGGUUUAGGGUUUCCGAGGAAUCGAGCCGCCGCUUUGGAUCCCUCGUGGAUCGCGGUUGGGGGGAUGGACGGGGACGACGGCGCGGAGGCGGCGCAGCGGGAGGCGAUCGCGGCGAGGAUGCGCCGGGAGGACUACGGCGGCGCGAGGACGCUGCUGCUCGAGACGCUCCAGACCAACCCGAGGCUCGACGGCGCCUUCGAGAUGCUCUCCGUGCUCGAGGUCCUCUGCGCCGCCGCCGAGACGCGCGGCCGCCCCUUCCCCGGCCGCGGCGUGGACUGGUACAGGGUCCUCCAGGUGCUCCCCCGCGACGACGCUGCCAGGAUCGACGCGCGGUACAGGAGCAUCGUGCGCCAGGUGGAGCCGGUCAGGGACGACCUCCCCGGCGCCGAGGCUGCCCUCCGCCUCGUCAAUGACGCGUACGAUGUGCUGUCGGAUCCGGCGGAGAGGGCGCGGUAUGAUUCCAUGGUGGCACAUGCUGAGCUGUGGUGCGACGAUAUCUUACAGACAAAAGGGGUUUGUGGUACUGAUGGAUCAACUCCUGAUGAUCCGAAUCCAAAGCUGGGUAAAUUGAGCAACCUUGAUGCUGAGGAUGAUGCGGUGGCUGGCGUCGCAAAUAAUGUGCCUCCAUAUGGUCAAUACACUGACAGAUCGUGUUUGGAUGCAGUCAAUUGUUCAAAUGCAGCUAGCUCUUCUAGAACUAAGAGGACUGACCCGUGCUUUCUAGUUGGCGAUGAUGAUGAUGAUGAUGGUUUUCAGUUACCUGAUGAGAACCAUGUUGACAAGAAGCAAAAGAGUGUAUGUGAAAACGAUGUGCAUUGCGUGUCAUCACCCGACGAAGAUUUUCGCAGAUUGUCUGAUCCGCUGGAUUCCAGAGAAGACCAGCUUUGCUCUAGUACACAGUAUGACAUUCAUAAUUUUGAGAAUGAUAGGGGGAUAUUGAAUUUCGCUGCUGGUCAGAUUUGGGCAGCAUAUGACUGGGAGAAGUUCCCUCGCAGAUAUGCACGGAUAAACAAGAUUUUAGCUGACAAAGAGCAGCUAUAUGUUUCAUGGUUCAAACCAUCCCCACAAUCCCAUGAAGAGAACAGGUGGCUUAGUGCAAGCUUGCCAUUUGUUUGUGGAAUUUUCGUUGCAGAAGAAUGUCAAAUAUCGGCAACUUGUCCAACUAUGUUCUGUCAUCAGAUAUCUUCUGACAACUGGAAUCAUCAUCUUAAAGUUUAUCCCCAGCAAGGAGAGGUAUGGGCAAUCUACAGUGAUUGGGACAUUGGAUGGUGCAGUGACCCUGUGAUGCGGAAGAAAAGUCCCUUUUAUGUUGUAGAAAUCAUUACCAGUUAUUUAAAAGGCUUGGGUUGCACAGUGACAAAAUUGGUAAAUGUAGAUGGAUAUAAAAGUGUUUUCAGAAGGUGUCUAAGGAGUGAGAGAGAACAAUUAUUACAAGUCCAAAUUCACAAUCUCCUCAUGUUUUCUCACAGGAUCCCUUCAUUUACAUUUACUUGUGAUGUUGGAACAGUGUUUGAGCUUGAACAUUCCGCUGUUCCACAAAAUUUGCAGCAUGAAAAUACAUCAGCAAGUGUUGCUCCUUUGUCCCCACUUCAAGGUUUACAUGAUGUCUCAAAUGGCUUUCAUGAAGCUGCUGUCACGCACUUACCAGAGCCUUCAACCAGCAAAAUUGAUUUAGGUAAACCCCAGCAAGGAAUGACGAACUACAAUAAUAAGUUAUCACCUGAGCAUUUUGUGGAGGGGCAGAUCUGGGCUGUAUAUGAUGGUUGGGACAGAAUGCCACGAUCUUAUGUCAGAGUAAUCCGUGCUGUAUCCCAUACUGCAGUUUUUGUGUUGAAGUUGGAACCUCACCCUAUGCUCAAUGAAGAUAUACGGUGGGUUGAAGAUGGUCUACCAGUUGCUUGUGGGGUGUUUCGAACUGGUACGGAGACUACUUACAAGGAGAUGUCAGAAUUCUCUCAUCUGGUAGAGUGUGACUGGAGCGCAAAGAGGUCUUUCUAUCGAAUUUUUCCAAAGAAAGGGGAAAUAUGGGCAAUGUACAAAAACUGGAAGAUAACUUUCAGUAGUACUGACAUUGACAAAUAUGAACCUUGCAUGGUUGAGAUCCUCUCAGACUACUCUGAUGAAACUGGAGUCAAUGUAUGCAGGUUGUGUCGGGUAAAAGGCUUUUUGUCCUUUUUCCAGAGAGUAAUAGUGGAAGACUUCCAUUUGACAAGGUUGAUUUCAAGGUCUGAAAUGCUAAGCUUUUCCCAUCGCGUUCCUGCUUUUGUAGUGAUUGAAAUCAAAGACCGUGAUAUACCCAAAGGGUCAUGGCAUCUGGAACCAAAUGCCCUUCCUCUCAGGAAUAUUGUUUGACACAUGGGAAGUAGAAAAAAAAGUUUAGAGUUUAGAUAAUUGUAAAGACCGAAUGUUUGUUCCGAGUUUUAAUAGAAUCAUUGCCUUUAUUGUC